AUGAUAGUUGAACUUCGCCUGAUUUUUCCUAUUGAUUGCCUAACGCUGAUUUGUCAAAGUGACACAGUACGAACAGUAACAACUCAAAUAUUUAUUGUCAUUCGAUUUGACGAGAGCCUAUUUGAGAUAUUCUUCGGUUUAACAACAUCGAGUGGUGGUAAUGGUAGUAGUAGUAAUAAUAAUUCAACAACACUACAGAUACAACCCACAUCAACUGUCACUAAUCAGAUACCCUCAUUCUCUGUACUUAUUUCAACAAUUAUGCCAACAACCGGUGAAACGAGGCAACGCCAACCAACCUCAUUUUCUUCUGAGAAAACUACAGCAUUUACAAAAGAACAUCCACAAACUCGGAAAAUUGGAACCAAUACAAGUAAAGGCUUUCAAACAAGAGGUAUAACAAGAGUCACUUUCUCUGUUUUAGCUUUGUCCCAAGAAACAGGAAGAACGAAACAUUUUCCUCUCACGAGGUCUGAGGCUUCUAAACAACCGAAACCAACUAAACCAGCAGAAAUAAUAACAGAAUCAACUUCAUCUGUUCGAUCGUUCACUUCAUUAUUUCCGUCAGAAACGCCAAGUGCAUCGAGAGCCACAAGUAAUCAGCCACAAACCGGGUCAUUCACUUCAUCCACUAGUGGUACGUAG